CAAUAACUGUGUGUAAGUUUCCCAGCUUGGUCCUGUGUCAGUGGAGUGUGAGGAGGCUCUUUUUCUUUAAUUAAAAAAAAAGCAUUCAAGAGCAAAGGCAAUGGCAUCAGAGGAGCUUGCACAAAAGCUCCAGCGCAGGCUGCUGCUGGAGGGGUCCAUAGAGGAGGCAAAUGGUGAAUUAUUACAGAACAACAACUAUAUUGAUGUAGGGGUGGAAGCAGAGGAGAAACCAAUCACAGCCAAUGCAGACACUGAGCUCUCUGCCAAACUGACCAGGAGACUCAACAUCAACGAUGGGACUACAGAAUCCAAACAGGCUAAAAUAUUUAACCCUUACACAGAAUUCAAGGAGUUCACCAGGAAACAGAUUAAGGACAUGGAGAGGAUGUUCAAACAAUUUGACUCUGGAAGGGAUAAUUUCAUUGACUUGAUGGAACUAAAAUUGAUGAUGGAAAAACUUGGAGCGCCUCAGACUCACCUUGGCCUAAAAAACAUGAUAAAAGAAGUGGAUGAGGACUUUGAUGGAAAGCUGAAUUUCAGAGAGUUCCUUCUCAUUUUUCACAAAGCUGCAGCUGGGGAGUUGGAGGAAGACAGUGGGUUGAUGGCACUCGCCCGCCUUUCAGAGAUUGAUGUCUCGUCAGAGGGGGUCCGAGGGGCAAAGGAUUUCUUUGAGGCAAAGGUGCAGGCUCUGACCACCGGCAGUAAGUUUGAGGCUGAGAUCAAAGAGGAGCAGGAGGAACGCAAACGCAUGGAGGAAGAUCGGAAGCAGCGGAGAGCAGCCUUUAAAGAACUGAAGGCAGCAUUUCAGUAGUGCUAAUGUUUGCAUUCCACAAGCACUUGUGUAUACACUUGUAAAAGCAUGAAACUAAAUCGUAUCAAUUGGACGACUAAAUCCUGCCCUAAGUGACCUUUUUCUUGGGACGAUGGAAUUUUGAUUUUUAAUCAAACUAAUGCAUUAAUUUUAGUUGCCUAACCAAUUUUGGUUCAAUACACAAUCCCUUAAAUUAUAAUCCUGCUGGUAGUGCAACCAAACUAGGUCAGGUUAAGUGUAGAGGUUUGUAGUAGUCCCAUUAUCUCCCUAUUUUAUACUAUUAGAAUUAACAGCUCAGGGCUGUGCUUUUUGCAGAAUAUGCCUCCUAGAAACACUGCACUAAAUUUUACACCACUUUAAGAAUUUGAGUCUCUUGUAGUUUUAAUAUACAGUUUAACAUGGGACAUAUUGGAGAACAGUUAGACAAUAAUGCAGACUUCCACUAUCAGUAAGAAAUUGCUUAUACGGAAACUGCUUUUGUACUUUAAAUAGACUUAAUCCAAAGACCAAUAAUUAUUUUCAAUGUCUUAACAGGCAAACUACAAAAGACUUAAAAUUAUGUGGGUAAUUUCAAAAAAAUGUUAAUAUUGUAUCAAUAUUCAAAUUAGUCAUGCUGUGACUAAACAUUUUAAAAUGUUAAUUUUUGAUAAUAUUUGAAAAAGAGAUUUAAUAUGUGUACGGUUCCUAAAUGUAAAUGUUUUUUCAGCUGAACUUUUUAAUACAGUAUUGAUUAUAAUAAAAAGCCUCAUAGAACUUUAGGAUUAAUGCAGCAGCACAUGUCUUGCCACAGAGUAAAAUUGAGGUUUCUAGUUUCAAGAUUAUCCACACAAUACUGUAACCUGCCAAUUUUCUGGGUGGUUUGAGACCAGAGCUGCUCAUAGAGAGGAAAGCUCAUCUUGGGAUACCUUUGCCUGCAUCGUAAGUUGGAUUUGGAGCAGGAAUGUUGGGUCAUAUUAGUAGCCUAAAGUAACAAUUUUAAAAAACUGCUGUAAUACUUGGGCCAGAAUACAUUCAUUCUUGCUCCUUCCUCUCGACUUAAGUGACAUCUAUUUGUGGUUUUAUUUCAUUAUUAGCAACCAUAAGAAAAGAUGCUUAAUCUGUUUAACUGGAUAGUAUUAGCUGAGACCUGAAGCUUGUAAUCUUUCUCAAUGUGGUUGGUAUUGGCUUACUUUUAUUGUGUACAGGUUUACUGUUGCAGGUGCUUUGCAUUUGGAUUCUUCCUGUGCAGGGACUACCAGCAAUGGAGAACUUUGAUCAGCAAUGGAUUUCUUCUCAGAGCUGAUCUUUUGAGCUGUGAUGCCGUAAUAGAUUUUGUGGGAACAUCAAUGACUAACUGCAGCCCUCACAUUUGGUGACUUGCAAAUGUCGUAUUGAUGGAGCCUGUGAGCUAUGAUGUAAAGACCCAUCUCCGUAUGUAGCUUGUUGAGCAGUUCAAUAAAUCUCUCAGAAUACAAAAUUGAUCACUGAAUCUGAUCUAGGAAUAAAUGUUUCACUGAGAAUGAAUAGGAAAGUUAACUAUGUCUGUUAGUGAACUAAUGUGAAACUGAAAUUCUACAUUGACUAACGGAAACACAAAUUCUUAAAUAGGAUUAGUUUUAAAUAUCUGCCCUUGCCACUGUUCAGUUGAACACCCAUGCAUGCACUGUAAAUAGAACCGCAACCUUGGUCUCUGCAUUAUUUCUAACAUCUACUGUCAAUGGAUUGAAGAUUACCUGAAGGUGGGGAAGGGGGGGGAAAAAAAGCUGUUUUGGUUUAUGAAGCCAAACCUAUUCAUCAGAGACUGCACUUCAUUCCUCAAUUUAAAAUGUCGCUGGGUGAAGGAAUAGCAGGAAGCCAAAGGAUUGUUUUGUUUAAUGGAGAGCACAGAAAUCACUGUUUAAAACUAUGUACUGAAGUUUCUAAUCAUUAACAAAUUGAAGCUUCAAUUUCACUAUUAAAAUACGAGCAAAUAAUGGGUGUAUGUGUAAGGUAUGUUAGUGGGGAAACAAUUGUGUGAGAGCAAUAGGGAGCACAGAAGAAAGAUUUAGCAAUACUUAUUUGAAAUGUAUACGGAUGAGAAAUAUGCACUUGUAAAUAUUAUUUUAUCUGCAUGACAUUUGUAAGCAAGCUUUUUUUAAGAAACUACAAAUUUUUUUUUAAAAAAAGUUUCCUCCUUUGCUUCAAGUAAAAUACUAUUUUUUCCCCAGUUUAAAUGUGCAGGCUUGAGGAUAGAGUAGCCACAGUUCAAACGUGUAAUCAUCUAUUUUAAUUUAAUUGAUCUGGCUUCAGGUCAGUGGUGCAUUGGACAGAGUGACAGGGCAAUAGAUAAUAGUUUUGUAUCUCCGAGUAUGGAACUUCUGAUCUCAGCGAGUUUGUUUGGUUUCAUGGAGGCACCGAGGGGAAUGAGGGACUUUCUUUAAUGCCAUCUUCUGAGCAGGGAUAUUGAUGAACAGUUGAAAAUCGACUGGUUUCUCUCAAACAUCAUCUGAUUAGUUCAGUUGGCUGCGGCUUGAGCAAUUGUUGAUUAUAGAGGGAGGAAUGAAAACAAAUGUCAAAACAAAAUGAAAAAGAUUCCACAGAAACCGAUGCUGCUGAAUGUGCUGGCAAUUUCACAGCUGUGUAAAUAUCUGAAACCACUUUAAGCAGGAAUGAUACUUUUAAAGAUGCUCAAAUUCAGAUUUUUAAUGUUAUGUACCUGCUCCUAUGUAUGCUGUUUAAAAUCGUAUAUUUUUUGAAGUCAUUAAAUAAAUACUAAUAUACUCUUAA